AUGCAACGAUGCGUAUCAUUGGCGACUUGUGCCCCACUGGCGUCUCUUCCAGAGAUUUUCCGUAUCUCACUUCGAAAAAAGUCGCUUUGGCUCAAAGAACUCACACUUCUGAAGCCCGAUGCAGACAUUUCGCUGGUAAUGUCCGCAACUCUGUUGGAAAACCCAGAGGUCAUUUGGGAGUUGAAGAAAUCUGCCACAACGAUCAAGGAUGCCACGGUUGAGCGCAUUGCGGAAAAGCUACUCAACUAA